AUGCGUGUCUGCAAUUUUCUCAUUCCCAGUAUCGUUCUUGCAGGAGCGGCCGUCGCCGCACCAAGUGAUGCAACUAAACGAGCUUGUAAAGAAAUUUCGAAUGCUCUGCCCAAGCGGCUAUCGUAUCCCCUUAGCCUGCACUACAGCUCUGAGACUUCAGAAUACUGGUCAACACUACUGCGUAGCCAGAAGCCAGCUUGCGUGGUCCUACCCGAAUAUGCUGAAGAGGUUGCCGCAGCAGUCAGAAUACUCAACAAGUAUCCGGAUGUCAAAUUCACCGCAAAGAGUGGUGGACACGAUCCCAACGCCGGACAUGCUACCGUCCAAGAUGGGGUGUUGAUUGCUUUGCGCAAUAUUGCGGGUACGACAUACGACCCGGACACGAAUCUUGCGUAUGUUAAGCCUGGCGGGGAGUGGAACGAUGUGAUAUCGACGUUGCAUAAGCAAGGAGUGACUGCUGUAGGCGGAAGACUUGGUAUUGUCGGUGUAGGAGGAUAUCUUCUGCAAGGUGGUGUUUCAUUUUUGAGUUCUCAAUAUGGACUGGCUGCAGAUAGUAUCGUGGGAUGGGAGAUUGUUGCGGCAAAUGGUUCAAUCAUCAACGUUGAUGCAAGGACCCAACCUGAGCUUGCUGUUGCCCUAAGAGGCAGCGGAAGCCAAUUCGGCAUUGUCACGCAGUUCACUAUUAAUGCUCAUCCCAUUGGCAAAGUCUGGGGAGGCAUUCGCAUAUACGAAUCGACUCAGAAAGAUGCAGUUUUUAAAGCUUUGCACAACUUUGUUCCGAAUGGUCAAGCCGAUCCAAAAGCUGCCAUCAUUGUAACCAAUAUUGUCUCCGCUUUGAAGCCUUUAUCGUUUAUCAUCUUUUACUUUUAUGAUGGAGAGAGCCAUCCUGACAGUGGUCCCCUGGCCGAGUUUCUCAAAAUCCCUUACUUGGUAUCUCAAACGAGCGCACAAUCGUAUCCAGAUCUUCUCAAGUCAAACGGCGCCGGCGCAUCAUUGCUUAAUUCCAGAAUAUCCUUUCGAACUUUUACAAUUCCGUACUUAUCGGGCAACCCGGGUAUAUACAAGAAAAUCUCAGAUAAGAUGGGGGAGCUCACCGCAAAUUACUUCAAGAAUCCACUGCAUCUUACAGCUCAAUGCUCAGUAGACUUUCAGCCUUUGCCAAAAGCCGUAGGCAGGAUGAGUCAAGCAAGUGGUGGAAAUGCCAUGGGACUAACAGACCAAGAUCCUGAUCGCCUGAUUUUAGAGAUUCAGUGUGCAUGGGGCUCGGCUAAGGACGAUGAAACUCUCAUGGGCAUAUCAAGGGACCUGACAUCGUGGCUAGAUACAGUGGUUCCCGAAUGGCUUUCGGAGCAACAGCAGCCACUUGAUACAUAUCUACCACUUUUUAUGAAUGACGCAUCGGCGGAUCAGAAUGUGACUGGAAGCUACAGGAACUAUGAAAAGUUCAAAACACUUCAGUUGCAAUAUGACCCUCAGGGUACUCUUCGCACUCGCACUGGGGGGUUCAAGUAUUAA